CGGGCAACACAAAAGUUAUUUGCACAUUGUGCAAAUGCACACUCCAGUAUUGUAAGAACACUACUAACAUGAAGAAUCACAUCAUCUCUCAACAUGGGACAUUAUCCGUACCAGUGCCAGUCACUGACUCCAGGGCCUCAACCUCAUCGACAACCACUGCAGUUGAUCAAGAUCCUCUAUUAUCAGCCACCAUAGAUAGUGUUGUUAACGCUGUUGAUUCAGAAGAAGAAGAUGCUGAUGACCCUGGACCAGAUCCCACAGCUGGCCCAUCUCACACGACUGAAACUGAAACUGAAACACCGACAGCAUCUGGUGGGGAAGCACCAUCUAACUUAAAAAGGAGAACGUUGUAUGAUCUAUUCAAGCCUCCCAAAAACAAAAAAGCAAAAUCGAACGAGGAUGGAACUGCAAGGACAACAACAAUUCCAACCAGCACAACGACACCUCCAAUCAGCUCAAAAAAAACUCCCAACAGUAUUCCAGAAUCAUUUUCAAAUCAAGGAGCAAUGAAAGAGGGCCAUGCCAAAUGGAACCAGAUAACAGAUUCCAUAGUCUACAUGACUGCGAAGGACUGCUUACCGUUCAGACAUGUAGAACACACGGGGUUCAGGAAACUGUUAAGCACCAUUGUCCCUCUCUAUCAUCCACCCAACCGGAAAAAAUUGGCAGGCCUAAUAGAUAAGAAGUACGAGGUACUAAGACGGAGAAUGCAGGAAAUACUGGAUCGAGAAAAUUACCUCGCUCUAACAUCGGAUAUUUGGACGGAACAGCAUAAUCUGAAAAGUUAUAUAUCCUUGACAGGGCAUUAUCUGGAUGCUGCCAGUGCUAACAUUAAAUUAGUCGUUUUAGGCUGUGAAUUGCUAACAUCUAAUCAUACAUCUGAUUACCUGUAUAAUGUGUUGAAAGGUAUCCUAGAUAAUUGGAAAAUCAAUAAGUCCCAAGUAAGUGGCAUGACGACGGAUGGUGAUUCGAAGAUAUGCAGAGCAGUGACUGACUUAUUGGGGGUUAGAAAACAUAUCUGGUGCUUCGACCAUCAAGAAGAUCUUGUGGUGCGGGCAGCCAUUCAAGCAAUCCCCGAAAUAAUAGAACUUGUUGAGAAAGUAAAAUCUGGUGUCACAUUUGUGAGACAGAAUGUGAAUGCAUCUGACAAAUUAAGAGAUCUGCAACUUUUAAGUGGUGUUCCAGAAGCGGAAUUAGUAAAAUUAAUACAAGAUGUAAUCACAAGAUGGAACAGCACCUUUGAUAUGUUGGAACGUGUUGAUUCCAUUUGUCACCAUGUUAACGCUGUUCUCAUUGAAUUUAAUCAGCUUCCUAAAGUCAUAGGUCCAGAUGAGCAAGCCAUAAUAAAAGAGACAAUCAUUCUAUUACGGCCGUUUAAAGAAGCAACAACUGAAAAUAGUGGGGAAAAAUAUGCCUCAGGCAGCCUAGUGAUACCAACAAUUUGGUCUUUGAAUGCGCAUCUUCAAGCAACAAAGCCAAAACUUGCCCCAGUCAUGGCUUUAAAAGCCAAACUUAUCGAAGAAAUGGAUUCACGAUUCAAAGACGUGGAACAUGUUAGGCCAUUGGCAAUCAGCACUAUUUUGGAUCCGAGAUUUAAACGGAUGCAUUUUGAAAGUGCAAUUGCAAUCUCCAACGCUCUUUCUGUGAUCUCAAAUGAACUGAAGAAAAUUGAAGAAAAGAAGAAGAAGAAACCUCAGCAAGGUGAGCAAGUUGAAGAAGAAGUUGAAGCUCCAACCAAAAAAAUAAAGAGCUUAUGGAUUCACCAUGAAAAUAAAAAAAUCGCUGAAAAGGAAAACUCAGGAAUGGUUAACUUGGGUGGGAUGCCUAUGCAGCUUCGUCAAUAUCUUGAUGAAUCCGUUGUAGAUAAGGAUUGCAACCCCCUUGAAGAAUGGGAAACAAAACUCAAAUACAAGUAUCCUGAACUCUACCAAAUUGCAGUUCAAUUCCUCAUCAUUCAAGGAUCUUCAGUUGCUUCUGAGCGUAUGUUUUCGGUAACAGGAAACAUUGUCUCGCCUAAACGGUCUCGGUUGAAAAGCCCAAAAAUACCAAAACUACUCUUUAUGCACAGUGUUGAUGACUCUGUGUGGUUUAUGUAAAUGUUAAUUAGCCCUUUCCUACUCCUACUCACAGUGAGAUCAAUGAUCGCACAUACUGUUUUGUGAUAUUUCUUAUCAGUUCCUCAAAAUUAAGGUAAUAUUUACAAAUUAGAUUAUUAAAUCCUUUUUUUGAAAAAUUGAGGAUUUUUAUUGGAGUAGGUGGGCAGCACCUAACUCAAAUUAUGAAUUUUUUGUGUGUUCUUUAUUUUGGCAGUAUAUUUUGUAAAAUUUUGAAGCAUUUUUCAAAGUUUCUGAAAUAUUUAGUUUGUUUUCGAACCUCUUACAUACUGACUACCUCCAUUUUUCCAUUUUAAAACAUGGUGUUUGUUUUUUUAUUUUUGCCACAUGUAACACCUAAUUUCCAUUGUAUUCCUUUUAUUCCCCUAAGUAUGAAUUAUCACUAUUUUCUACUUAUUUAGUUACUGCCUCAACGCAGGCUACUUUUAUUAGGAAAUAAGUCCUUUAUGUACAAAUAUUUUUGAAGAACUGAGCAUUUUUUUUUUUUUUUUUUCGCAUCCAGAAGUUUGAUGUGACUCAAAAUGUUUAAUGAUUAUUCUCUUUUUUUUCUAUCAAGCUGACAUAUUUGUGUAUUUACUAACAUCAAAUAGGCUUAGCAAGUCACUGCAAUAUCCGUGCCAUUCUGGCUUCUUAAAUUAUGACUAUCUCAAAUUUUUCAUUCGCUUUGUUGGAAGUGCUACCUAUAUCUGUUGUAUUCAUUUCUUCUUCGAAGUCUUAACUUUAUGUAUUUUUUACACCUGUAGUCUCAAUUUUUAGUCUUUGCCUUAACAUUGGUUAUUCUCUAAAACUCAGGAAAUUCUGAAGCAUGCAGGAGUGGAAUGCUACCCAGCAUUUUAAGGGGUUAUUUUUCACUCUUUCCUCCAAAACCGAGACUUUGGCUGUUUACUUACCUCAUAUUCUAUCUAGAUUUGUUCCAGCUGAGUGUCAAGGAAAAAUUUUUCAGCAGCUAAAGAAUCUUUUGCAAUAUUUAGGUUUAGUUUUUCUUGUCUCCUAUGUGUAUAUUAUUAGGAUCUCAUUUUGUUUCAGUUUACAUGUUUCUUUUUUGUUGGAAGUUACCUACUCUCU